GCCUUGCGCGACACAAGCUUCACAUCACGACUCGACCUUAUAAACCAACGACGCUCCCCAUCCAGCUCUCGCGGUUAGCGCCAACGGGCCCAUUGCAACAAUGACGACCCGACGCGAUUUCCUGAACCAGCCGGCGCCGGAGAACUACGUCGCUGGUCUGGGACGAGGUGCCACUGGUUUCACGACACGAUCUGAUCUUGGUCCUGCUAGGGACGGGCCCAGCGAGGAUCAGAUCAAAGAAGCGCUCGCGAAGCGCGCCGCCCAGCUCGGCAUCGCACCCGACGGCAAGAAGGGCAAGGAGAAGGAAGAAGGCGGCGACGACAAUGACGACCGAGAACGCUACCAGGACCCCGACAACGAGGUUGGACUUUUCGCCGGCGGCGUCUACGACAAGGACGAUGAAGAGGCGGACAAAAUCUGGGAAUGGGUCGACGAACGGAUGGACCGACGAAAAAGGCAACGCGAGGCGCGAGAGAACGCCGAGCGCGAAGAGUACGAGCGCAACAACCCCAAGAUUCAGCAACAGUUCUCAGACCUGAAGCGCGCGCUGGCCAGCGUCACGGACGACGAGUGGGCGAACCUACCCGAGGUGGGAGAUCUGACGGGCAAGAACCGCCGUAGCAAGCAGGCCCUGCGCCAGCGAUUCUAUGCCGUGCCGGACAGCGUGCUGGCGGCGGCGAGGGAUUCUACUGAGCUGGGCACGACUGUUGCGGACGAUGGGGCAGCCUCGAGCGCCGGCGGAGACACGGCAGACGGAACCAUGACAAAUUUCGCCAAGAUCGGUGCGGCGCGAGACAAGGUCCUCAAGUCCAGGUUGGAGCAGGCAUCUCAGGGAACCGAGUCGGUGGUCGGCAGCUCGACAAGCAUCGACGCUCAGGGCUAUCUCACCAACCUCAACAAGGUGCAGAUGAGCGAGGCUCAGGCUCAGGUCGGAGACAUCAACCGAGUGCGCGAGCUGUUGCAGUCAGUCGUCAAGACCAACCCCAACAACGCCCUAGGAUGGAUUGCCGCCGCUCGACUCGAGGAGUUGGCUGGCAAGAUUGUGUCGGCACGGAAGACUAUCGACCAGGGCUGCACAAGGUGUCCCAAGAGCGAAGACGCCUGGCUGGAGAAUAUCCGGCUCAACCACGACUCCCAUAACGCAAAGGUCAUUGCGCGAAGAGCCAUUGAGGCCAACGGCCGAUCAGUUAGACUCUGGGUGGAGGCCAUGAGGCUAGAAACGCUGCCCAGCAACAAGAAGCGAGUUAUCCGACAGGCGCUCGACAACCUCCCCGAAUCUGAGGCGCUUUGGAAAGAGGCCGUCAACCUGGAGGAGAACCCCGAUGACGCAAAGCUCCUCCUGGCUAAGGCGACGGAGCUGAUUCCCCUGUCUGUUGACCUGUGGCUGGCCCUGGCACGACUGGAGACACCUGAAAACGCACAAAAGGUGCUCAACAGGGCACGAAAGGCCGUUCCGACGUCACACGAAAUUUGGAUUGCUGCCGCGCGGUUGCAAGAGCAGCUUGGGCAAGGUGCCAAGGUCAAUGUCAUCAAGCGUGCUGUCCAGGUUCUUGCCAAGGAGUCUGCCAUGCCCAAGCGCGAGGAGUGGAUUGCGGAGGCAGAGCGAUGCGAAGAGGAGGGCGCCAUUAUCACCGGUGAGAACAUCAUUCGGGAGACUCUUGGAUGGAGCUUGGAUGAAGAUGACGACCGCAAGGACACCUGGAUGGAGGACGCAAGGUCCAGCAUCAACAAGGGCAAUUACGAGACGGCCAGAGCUAUCUACGCCUAUGCUCUACGGGUGUUUGUCAACAGCAAGACGAUGUGGAUGGCCGCAGCAGACCUGGAAAGGAAUCACGGCACACGAGAGUCUCUUUGGCAAGUCCUUGAGAAAGCUGUUGAGGCGUGCCCCAAGAGCGAGGACCUGUGGAUGAUGCUUGCCAAGGAGAAGUGGCAGGCCGGAGAGGUGGACAACGCCCGACUGGUCCUCAAGCGCGCCUUCAACCAGAACCCAAACAACGAGGAUAUUUGGCUUGCGGCUGUCAAGCUGGAGUCAGAGAAUGGGAACGUCGACCAGGCGCGGAAGCUGCUGGAAAUUGCGCGUGAACAAGCGCCCACAGAUCGCGUCUGGAUGAAGAGUGUGGUCUUCGAGAGAGUCCUGGGCAAUACUGAAGCAGCUCUCGACCUUACGCUCCAGGCUUUGCAGCUCUUCCCCGCGGCGGCGAAGCUGUGGAUGCUGAAGGGUCAGAUCUACGAGGACAUGGGCAAGAUUGGCCAGGCAAGGGAAGCUUUCGGCACAGGUGUCAAGGCUGUCCCGAAGUCGGUGCCACUGUGGCUGUUGUACUCUCGGCUAGAGGAAAGGGGUGGCCUGGUAGUCAAGGCUCGAUCUGUGCUCGACCGAGCUCGUUUAGCUGUGCCUAAGAACGCAGAGCUCUGGUGCGAGUCGGUGCGGCUUGAGCGACGAGCAGGCAACAUAUCCCAGGCCAAGUCGAUGAUGGCCAAGGCACAGCAGGAGGUGCCUAAGAGCGGGUUGCUGUGGGUGGAGCAAAUUUGGCACCUGGAGGCGCGGACACAGCGCAAGCCGCGCAGUCUGGAGGCCAUCAAGAAGGUGGACAACGACCCCAUUUUGUUCGUGGCUGUUGCUCGCAUCUUCUGGGCCGACCGCAAGCUGGACAAGGCGCAGAACUGGUUCGAGAAGGCGCUCGUGCUGGACAGCGACUGCGGCGACAGCUGGGCGUGGUACUACCGAUUCCUGUGCCAACACGGCACUGAGGAGAAACGCGCCGAUGUUGUGACCAAGUGUGUGCUCAACGAGCCGCGGCACGGCGAGGUGUGGCAGGCCGUGGCCAAGAAGCCCGAGAACUCGAGGAAGGACUGCGAGGAGAUUCUGAAGAUGGUGGCGUCGGAGUUGGAGCAGCAGUAAUGGUGAUUGUAAGUUGAUGCCAUGCAUCCUGUGUAUCGUUUAGGCGGAGGAUUACAAGUCAUUGGGAGACGAUGGAGUUUAAGAGUUUGCGCCAGCUACUUUCGAAGCUGCUUUAGAAACGCGAAAUGCGAACAACACAAGACAUAGACUCAAAUUUAUGCUCUUUCUCAAA